AUGCACACAUCGAUGAUCUCACGCCUUCUUCACCAUUUAUUGGAGGCGGUGCUCCCGGACGUUAGACGGAGAGGUUUUCAUUCAUCAGAUCUUCUCUCUCGUAUAAAAGAAUCAGUUUGCUACUCUUCUUUCAGUAUGGAACACAUGAGUUGGAGUUUCUCUAUUAACAUAUUAGGUUCUCCAUCAUUUUUUCUUCAGUUCAGUCAAUUGAUCAACUUGGGGGGUCAAAUUAGAGUGAUUAAUGACUUGUUACUACCUUUGCAAUGUGAAUUUUGUUUACAAAACUCAGGUUUAGACUUAACAAACAUGUACCCUGUGGACUUUAGGAUGACCAAGUAG